CCGCGCGCGCGCGCGCACCGGUGCAAUCUCCGCGUCCGUCCGCGAUUUGAUCCGUUGAUUCGCGCGCGCGUUCCCGCGGAGGCGUUCGCGCGAGCGAACGCUCUCCCGUGAAUUCGCGGCGAAUAAUCUCCUUUCCUACUCAUCGUACUCGCCCGAGCUCUCCCGGUCGCGGAGUAGACGAGAGGCACACGUCAUCCGCGAGAUCGUAUAGCUAGGUACUCGCGCAGCGUGCGUCCCAUCACUCGCGCGGGUCAUCGGCGUGCGCUGGUAAGGAGGAAAGGUGUUUAAACAAUAUACAGUGUCAACAGGUGUCUACGAUCGUCGACCUGGCAGCAGCAGCAGCAGCAGCAACAGCAGCAGCAGCAGCAGCAGCAGCGGCGGCCGGGUCGCGUUCGUCGGCGGUGGUCGAACGGGAACGAGAAGGGAACGACGGCGGCGGUGUAUCGUGCGUGCGCGAGGAAUCACUCCGAAAGGAAGAGAAAAAAAGAAAAAAAAGCGAAAACGACGCGCACACGGGGCUGAACGUUCUCGCCGCGCCGCCGGUACGCAUGCCACGCGGGACACGCGCCAUCGGCGUAAAUAUUGAACAAGUGACGUAAUAUUGCGCGAGCGAGGCAUGAUAAUAAGCGGGGACGACGUCGUUACUCGUCGGCGCACCUCGCGAUCAGAUAAAGCGCACGAAAUUGUUCCCCGUUUCGAGGUCGACGCACCGCUCGUCGCGUAUCUGCCGCCGCGGCGCAGGGGCCCGAUAAAAGGCUCAUCAGUCCGGACCCGCCGUCGCUGCCGGCCUGCUGCCGUCGCCUUCCCGAAUUCCCGCUGCCGAAAACGCUCGAAAUGGAGGCGGAGCAUAGACUGGAACAGUUAAAAAGGGCGACGGACAGAAUACAAAGGGAAAUCGAAGAAGUCACCGAAAGGGAACACGAACUGCGGAACGUGGGUAGCAUUAAAACCACAUCCCACGAGACGGUAGACUCCAAGGUGCGUCGUAUGCCACAGGCUUUAGCCUCAGGCAAACUAAAGAGAACAACGUCCACGCCGCAGAUACUGGAGGCAGUCAGCCUGACGCCGCUGUCGCCAAAUUUGACGCCAAAGAUGACGAACGGCGUGAUAUCUACGCGCGCCACGCCGACACCGUUGCGCUUCGCAACCACGCCGAGCCAGAAGGGCUUGAUGCACCGAUUCCUGGCUACACGGGGAAAGCUCUACAAGAACAAAUCGACGAACAAUAACGGUUUGAGUCCUGCCGUGACGCCGACUAUUACACUCAAUCCUCUCAGUAUCAAGGCUUUUAACAGGACGUUAGAGAUACCAUUGGAGCCGGAUAAUGAGCCAAAGAAGCCAUUAACGAGAAAAGGAUAUGUUCCUGUCGAGCAGAAGAUUCAAAAGGAGCUACAUGACAUGAAGGAACGAGAGAACGAAUUAAGAUUGAUGAGAUCGCAGAUGUUGGCAAAGUCUCAGCCGAAUCUACUUGAUAUAGGAAACGAUAAUGACUCCGAUAUUUACGACGGUUCUAGUUCCCUCAGAAGCGGCGCUUCUACCAACACCUUGAAUGAGGAUGAAAUCGAGAAAGAACACAAGGGAAAACACAAGCCUAAUCCACGACGUCGUAACACGCUCAUCGCGCAAUGGGAAAACUUGAUAGCUGCCAAAAGGGAAUCUAUCGAGAAUAACAACGAGAAAGAUAGCUACUUUUGAAAGUCCUAUUGUUUGCAAAUAGCUAACAUCACCUUUAUCUUUAUCCCAUCGUUAUCCUAUUCUAUCUAAAUGAUCAAUCGUAAAUCAAUAAUAAUUAUUAAUAUUACAGUGAACAACUGUUUGUAACCAUUUAAGAGCGUUCUUGCUCCGCGCAUUUUGAAACGUAUCUUAAAUGGAUAAUAUUUUCUUGUUAUUUUUUUAAAAUCUUGUUUUACAUAGUUUAUGAAUGAACAAUUUUUUUGUGUUUGAAUAUUUAUGCGCUCUUGCGUUAAUUAGAAUGCCACGUCGCGGUUGCAUGUAUUUUCAGUAUUAAUUAGUUGCUGGGUAAAUAUUGAAACGCAACUUCGUAUUUAUUAAAAGUUAAGAAUCCCCGAACAUCGAAGGAUCUAAGAAAGUAAGGCACGUUUUGUUUCAUCAUUAUUGAUGGAUUCCAUAACGUGAAACAUAAUAUGUAAAAUAUUUUCACGAGCGACUGAAGUUUUUGUACGUUUAGCGUCUAAUGUAACUUUGCGGGUGUAAAGUGCUUAUUAUAAUGAUCGAUAGCUCACUUAAUUGGUACAUGUAUAGUAUGUAUUAAAUACUAAUUACCUGUAAAGAUGGUUAAGAUAUUCGAUGAAUACCUGUACGUAAAAAAUCUAGUUAUAAUAAUAAUAUUGAAUAAUACGUGCGAUUGUUAUCUGAUACAGAAUUUAUAUUAUGCGCGAAAUUAUUAAACAAACAACAUACAGUUCUGUAUAAAAUUUAUACGCACUGAUUUUCGGUUAUGCAAUAUUAAUUGUAUUUAGAAUAAAAAAAUAAAUAAAAUAAGAUUAA